CGAGCUGUCAAUAUUGAUGGGCCGAUCGAAGAGGACACGUCAGUUGGCAACUACCUCGGUAGCAGCAUGGUCCGCAGCAGCAGCGAGAUGGGCCUCUGGACCUCGGACGAGGACGAGAAGCUGCGGCGGGCGAUUCUCGCGUAUGGCGCGCGCCGCUGGAAGCUCGUGAGCGACCUCAUCAAGAAUCGGAGCGCGGCCGAGUGCAAUGCGCGCUGGCACGAGCUGCAGACGUGCACGUCCAAGCUCAAGCGUCCGUGGCUGGCCUUUGAGGACGAGCUCCUCGAGCGCAUCGUGGCGACCCACGGCCCGAAGCGCUGGGGAUUCAUCGCGUCGUACAUUCCUGGCCGCAACGGCAAGCAGUGCCGAGAGAGAUGGCACAACCAUUUGAGUCCGCACAUCAACAAGGGCCCGUGGACGCCGGCCGAGGACAAGUGCUUGAUUGAGCUCCAAGCGCGCUACGGCAACCGCUGGGCGCACAUUAUGAAGCAGUUGCCAGGGCGGACGGACAAUGCGAUCAAGAACCACUGGUACUCGAACGUCAAGCCGACAAUGACGACAGACGACAAGGCAGCCCCUAUGGCGUUGGAAGAGGCGCCUGUCAUGGAGCUCAAGCCGGUGACCAAGAUUUCACCGGUGGCGAGCCAUCUUGCGUGGAUUAGCGACGACAUUCAGCUCUCGAUGCCGAUUCUCUGGGACGAUUUGCACGCGCUGGACGACGAUACGAAGGAGCUCGUGGGCUUUGGCCUCUAA